AUGGACAACGGUCACAAUGACAUAUACACUCGUCUGCAACUUUGGGCCUUGGUCUUCAACUGCACAGCCGUCAUUUGUAACAGGCAAUGCCCUCUUCACCGAGAUCCAAGAUCUGCUCCCGAAGGGUUCGACAUCAUGACCAGUGUCGGCCACUAUUGUGAUGGGCUGAUGACCCUGUCCAACCUCAGUAUACAGUUGCAAUAUAAGUCUGGUGCCAUUGUUGCUUGCUCUGGACACCUUGUCAGGCAUGGAGUCACAUGUACCGGUGAUCGCAUCGUGUGGGCAUGGUUCAUGCGCGAUAGCCUUCACAACUUUGUGGGGACACCCCGGCCACAGUAUGCAAAAUAUAUGGAUGUUGAUCGUCAUGUCUCGGUUCCAGCCUAG